UCGUGGUAAAAUCUCCAACUUCCUCUGCAAAAAUUAAGUUGGAUAAAUUGAAAAACAAUACAAUCUGAUCCAGAAUUUUAGUCUUGCCACUACACGCUAAUCUCACUCUCUCUCUCUCUCUCUCUCAACAAGGAAGAAAAAUUAUGGGAAGGUUUCAUUGCAGACACAAAUCAGGAUUAGCAGAAACAGUGUCAGAAUUCAGUGUGAAGACUGAAGAUAAUCUGAAAUGCUGAUUAGAUUUUGGUUAGUAUUUGGGGAAUAUCUUCUUGGCUUGUUAGCAUAUCAUUUCCCCUAUUUUUGUUGGAAGAUAAAGAUUCGAUUUUUAUUCCUCAAAAUUUGGGGAAUAAUCUUCUUGGUUUGUUAGAAGAUAAAGAUUCGAUUUUUAUGUUUAUUUCUGAAAAAUUGGGGGAUUUCUAAAUAUGGGAAAUCAGUGAAUAAAGAGAUUCUUGGUGAGUGAUUGGGAUUUGGGGGUGAUUAGUAGAGAUGACAAUGGAAGAAAGAGGAGUGAGUGAAGCAUCGUUGAGGGCGGAAGAAGACGAAGACGACUUCAAGAGCUGCUGCGAAGACGAGGAUGAAUUGGAUUUGAAGGUGGAUUUAGAUGAAAAUGUAGUCAAGAUGUAUUUUAAGGGUGUGUCUGUUGCUUCCCCCGGUGAUUCGGGCUCUAGGAUGUCGGGAAUCGGGGUGGUUAUGGAUAGGCCGGGAUGUUCAGCCCCGGUUCGGAUCCAGAAGAAGCUCGAUUUCUAUGUCGAGGAGCCGGUUGCAGAGUGUUUGGCAUUGCUGGAUGGUUUGUCCGAGGCUAUACAGCGCGAGGCGAAGUGCGUUUUCGCCUUCACGGAUUCUGAAAUCUUGCAUAGUCAGAUUGUUGAUGAGAAGGUUGUUGAGAGUCCUCUUUUGGUGGCAUUGAGGCAAAGAAUCAUGGAACAAGCACGUAAUCUCGAGACGUUUGUGUUAAAACUCGUCCCGGCCAGCGACCUAGAUAGGGCUUUGGGUUUAGCUCGAGUCGCUGUUGGUAUAGUCUCCUCUUGUGGUGGUGUCGGGGAGGAUUCAAUGAAGAGCUGCUCGAUCUGUUGUGAGGAGAAGCUCUCGUCGAUGAUGCUCUCGUUCAAAUGCUCCCACGAGUUCUGUUCCCACUGUAUGAAAACGUACGUCGAGGGUAAAGUGCGUUGCGGUCGAGUGCCAAUCAGAUGCCCUGAAUCGGGAUGCAAGUAUUGUAUCUCGGCUUCCGAGUGCAAACUGUUUCUCCCCGUUGCUUCGUAUGAGUCUCUGGAGAGAGCCAUCGGAGAAGCAAAUAUGUUGAGCUCGAACAAGAUAUAUUGCCCAUAUCCUAAUUGCUCGGUCCUGCUUGAUCCCCGCGAUUGCUUGUCAUCGAGCCAGUCGGACAACAGCUGCGUGGAGUGUCCCGUCUGUCAAGGGCUCGUCUGCGUUGACUGUGAGGUCGCGUGGCAUUCCUCCAUUACCUGCGAGGAGUACCAAAGCCUCCCAUUGGAGGAGAGGGACCUCGCUCGGAUCUCGAGGCGCAGACGCUGCGAUCGUUGCAGGACAAUGGUUGAGCUAACUCACGGUCGCUACCACAUGAGAUGCUGGUGCGGUCAUGAGUUCUGCUACUCGUGUGGGGAGGACUACAGGGAUGGGAAUCGGAUGUGCCGGUGCGCGUUUUGGGAGGACGACUUCACGGAAGGGAUGGCCGCGUACCCUUCCCAGCAGCUGGAGCAGUGGGUGUGGGACUCGUUCGAGCCGCUCCCGAUGGCAACGGGCGCGUACUCGGAUCAAGAGCGGUCACAGCUGGCGCUGAUUCAGAGGUUCCUCGCCGGGGGCUUCAGCUUGGGCGACGAGGAUCCGCAUCAAGCCCCUCCGCAGUGCACGGACUCGUAUGCGGACACGAUGAAGGAUCUGCGCCAGCUGCCUUGGCUCGAGAGGUUCGUCUCGGUUAUAAGCGACGACUUCUACGAAGACUACAUACAAUGAAGCGAGAUAUAGGAGAGGUAGAGCAACUCACUCUCACUCCUUUAGAUUAUCGAGCUCGUGUUCGUGUUCGUGUUCGUGAUGUUUAGAUUACGUCGGAUGUAUAACGGUCAAGAGAUGUUUGCUAUAUGAUUUAAAAGCAAAAUAGAUCACAAUUAAAUUGAUUGUUCA